GACGCACCUUUUGAUAUAACUAAUGGAAAAGUAGCAUGUGAUGAUCUAAGUUAUCCUUUUGAUGACGUCUGUACUUUUACAUGUGACGAUGGUUUCAAACUAACUGGACCACGAAAAAUGACAUGUAAAGCGGACAAGACUUGGUCAGUGGAUGCUUCUCAAGUAAGCUGUAUCGAUGAUGAUCCACCAUUGAUAGAAUGCAAUACAUCCCAGGUGUUUAUUGCUGAUCGCGGGAGCUUUUAUACUUCUGUCACGGUGGAUGUACCAACAGCUACUGAUAACGUCGAUUCGAAUCCAUCCAUCAUACAAAAGUCAGGCCCUUCUCAAGGUCAAAUUCUAUCGGAAGGAUUCCACUCUGUGGAGUAUAAAGCAACAGACAGCGAGGGAAACUCACAUCCGAUACUGUCCGAAUGUACCAUUGUUAUUGAAGUGAAAGUUAUAAGGUGUUCAACUGGUCCCACAGAUGCUUUAGACGAUUCCCGUUUUAUGACUUACAACUGCAGCGACACGUCCUUCUAUAACGGUGUGGCCUGUUAUCUUGACUGUGCUUUGAAUCUGCCAUUGAACGGAACCGAUUAUAUGACAUGUGAAUAUGAUGGAAGUACUGGCAAAGGGGUUUGGAAUUUGGGAGCAGGACAUCAGCCAGUCUGUGAAGUCGGCGAAUGCCCAGCCUUAGACCCUCCUGUUAACGGUGCUUUUACGACAGAUUCUGUAAAUGCGAGACCCCUUCACGUUAUGUUUUGCCAAGAGGGUUACGACAUAUCGUCCGUUGGAUCGGUAUUCCAAGGGAGGUUAUCGUGUCAAGACAGCGGAGAGUGGUAUCCCUUGGACGCUUUUCCUGACUGCAUUGUGUCCAUACUUCCGUGGUUAAACUUGCCGGCAGAACUUUACUAUGAAGGAAAUUGCAAUGACGAAGCGACAAAAGAUGAAAUCAAGCAGAAAGUUUUAGAGUACCUAGCAGGAAUACAGGCUGACGUGGAUAAAUCAAUAUGUCCUGAUGUCGACACCUGCAAAGUAGAAAAUGUUGUUGUCGUCUGCGGGGAAAUUUCCGGUAGAAAACGACGAUCGUCUGGGAAGCAUAUUAUUCACAAGCGUAAUACUGAUUAUGCUUCAGUCACUUUUGACAUGAAGGUACUUUUUGAACAAGGAAACAAGACUACACAAGACGCCUACAUCGGAUUUUUGGACGUACUGACUGCCAUUAAAGACUUGAUACAAGAGGAUGUGAACAACGGUGAAUUGAAUGUGUAUACAAAUUUAACCUUGUCACAAAGUGAUGGGUUUGUGACUGCUGAUAACCCGAAUUUACUUUGCGAUUCUGGAUACAAAGUAGAUACAGGAAGUUUAUCAUGCAAACCCUGUCCUCCAGGUACAUACUUAGAUUCGGGAACAGGAAACUGCGAGUAUUGUGGUAUCGGCGAGUACAUGGACCAUGCAGGUGCGAUUGAAUGUAAUGUUUGUCCUGAAAGCCAUAGCACCUUGUCAACAGGAUCUAAAGAUAUAAGCAAAUGUAUCAAAUUGUGUAGUCCAGGAUUCUUCUCAAGUUCUACAAUGGAACCAUGUUCUGCUUGUGAAGUUGGUAACUAUCAGCCCCAAGAAGGCCAAACAGAGUGCAUGGCGUGCCCGUCUGGAACUGCCACAAACAAAACUGGCAGUACUUCCGCUGACUAUUGCGAUUACUUUGACAUUUCUGUGGAUACAUUGCCUCAGAGAACAGAUAUUGGCUCAUUUUCUACAGACGAAAUCACGGUCAUUUCAGCGUCGGUUUGGCUGAAACUUCGCAAUAACGAGAAUUCAGAUUUAUCAAUUUUUAUUGCGGAUUCUGAAGGCGAUAUUAUACAUUUGAGUGUUUCCAAUACGAUAUCUAUUCAAGCCGGCACCAGCAAUGCCAUACAGACAAGCAAUGCAUUGUCAUGGAAUCAUUGGACUCACAUCAUGAGUACUGUAGACAUAGCUUCGGGAACCCUGAAGCUGUAUGUUGAUGGAGCAUUGGUGGUUGAUGAGACAGGAGUUUCAGUUAUGCCAUCUAGGAAUGUCACUACUGGCAAUAUCCAUAUACUCUCAAAUUUGAAAGGAAUGUACAUUUCUGGUUUAGUUCUGUAUGGUCGCCAUUUAAGUGACGUUGAUAUGACUUCACUAUCCCAGACAUGCGCAGUGACAUCAAAUGAUGAAAUAUUCUCGAUGACAAACAUUUUGCCCCAUCUCGUAGAAGGCAUUGUUGUUAUAACACCAACAACAUGUGACCCGGUUGAUGAGUGUGCUAGUGUGCCGUGUGGCGAUCACACGUGCAUCAACAUGGUUAAUGAAUUCCAAUGUAUAUGCCACGGAGGAAUGACGGGCGAGUUGUGUACUGUCCACCCGGACUACUGUCUCGACAACGCCUGUGUUAAUGGUACCUGUGUACCUGAAAAUGGAACAUAUACAUGUAGCUGCAAUAAUGGGUAUAGCGGAGCAUUUUGUGAUGCACCUCCAGUGAACGGAGGAUGGUCACAGUGGGUUGAAUGGAGUGGAUGUGACGUCACAUGCGAUGGUGGCACACGGUCUAGAAACAGAAAUUGCAACAAUCCUCCUCCCGGUUUUAUGGGUAAUGACUGUGAAGGGGAUAGCACCGAAUCUGAGGCUUGCAACGAACAAACAUGCCCGACAUGCCCACGUCUGCAACGAAAGAUAGGAACGGUAGUUAACUGCGUUGACAUUGAAUCAGAAAACCUGCAAAAGUGUAACAUGACAUGUGUAAAUGGAAAAACAUUGCCUAACGGUCAAAAAUCGUUUGAAUACACCUGUGGCGAAUCGACAAAUCACACAUGGCUACCUAUAGAUAAGACCCCCGAAUGCGUCGAUGUUUCAAGACCAGAUAUAUUUGGCACACAGACUAGCGUAAUUUACGCAAACCCGAUCUCCGGAUCUAAUCAUCCUGGUGUUACAACAGCUGUCGAACAACAGUUCUCUGAGGUCGGGUGUGUUAAAAGUGGGUUAUGUGAAGUGACAUCAACAGUUUCCGAUUUAAGUCGAAAACGGAGAUCUACGUCAUCAACGUUAACAAUGCUAUUCUCUAUUAGACUUACAGACACAGGCGAUUUAGCUCUAGGGGACUAUCUUUCUAAUGGAACAGAAACCUCUGCAAUGACAGAAUUGCUUGAUGCGCUUAAUGCAAUAAACGAGGUCAUCGAGUUCAUUCAGAACAACACGGCAUCUAUAUUCCAAGUCACUGUAGAUGGUGUAGAUUAUACACUGGCGAGUGAUACGGCAAGUAUCGAAGCAACAGUGACAUGCCCCAGUGGAUAUGCAGGAGCUGAUGGACUAUGUGCUAAAUGUGCUGUUGGAACCAAACUAGAAGAUACCAUAUGUGUUGAUUGUGAACCGGGAACAUAUCAGCCUUUGACCGGACAAAGCACCUGUUUGACUUGUCCUACAGGAUAUACCACACCGACAUACGGCGCAUCUGAUGUAUCAGAGUGCUCUGUGGAAAAAGCCGUUACUGAUAAUGAUUCCGACGACAACGAUGCUGAUGAUAAUGAUAAUGAUGGUGCCGAUAACACAGAUGACAGUGAACCAGCUAAUAAUACUGUGUUGAUUGUUGUUGCUGUCGUCAGUUCGGUUGCUUUCGUUCUAUCAGUAGUUGCUGUCAGCAUACUGUUGUGGAAGAAAUGUAUUAGACGGCGCUUUAGACGAAACGAGACAAAUGGUAGUUUCGCAAGCCUCAGCAUGGUACGUUCCGCCUCCAGUUGCUCAGGUGUUUUCGAAAAUAGUCGGACAACAUUCAAUAUAGAAAAAAUGAAGGGUUCUAUACCUGUCACACCACAGCAUCACCCUAACCCGAUGUUUGAAGGGUCUUUUCAAGACAAACCGCCUUCAUAUGAUAGCCAUAAGUUUAGUUAAAUGUAACUGCACUAACUGUAACAGUGGUUGAAAAUUUGAUAAACUGGAUAUUAUGGACUAUCUCUAGAACAUUUGACUUUAUUGGACGCAACUUUAUUAAUAGUGUUUUAAGUGAGAAACCUUGUGAUGCAAUGUUUUCGCUAUAAUGAACUAUUUGUUUUAUUUUUGCUCUUUAAGCUGUGAUAUAUUGUGUUGAAUACUUAUUUCAAAUGUGUUAUGAAUGAACACAAAGACUGUGAUAAUUUGUUAACAAUACAUUUAUGUAUAAUUAUUAUAAUUAUUUAUAUUUCAAUUAGGCUAAUGUAGAGCGUACUGUAAUGAUAUGAUUCCUAUACACAGUGGUUCCCAUUUCCCGUUAACGUAACACCUAAACACAAAACCCCCUACAGUGACAGACCAUUUUAUUUUUAUUUUCCCUUGUUUCAAUAAAUUGAAUCGAGUGUAAACACAAAAAAAUAUCAUAAAAACUUGUUUUAUACAUGAUUACAGCACGAUGCUGUAAACACUCUUAGUGUCGGAUAUGACUUCCAUUGUCUCGCAUUAUCUUGAAGCUGUAAAAGUAUGCAGUGUUUAUCAUUAUGUCUGUGAAGUGUAAAAAUACGCUUUGACAUGUUUUAAUUGAUUAUUCCUUGUCUCUGAUGAAAAAUUGAUUCAUUUAGCUCUAUAUUUAAGUUGUUUUCCAUUUAUUUAAAAACAUACAUAUACAUUAACGGGUAGAAAAUUGUACUUCCUGUAUGCUGCUUGUUUCUGUUCAGACAGCCGUACCACUUUUUUAAUGUAUAUAAUAGAUUGGUUGGUUUUUGAAUACUGUCUUUAUCUAUAAAUUUAGAUGUAUCAAGGUGAAAUUCAAGCCUGUUUCCUUUGAAAUCUUUAUAAACGCAUUAUAUUUAUGAUGUAAUAUUUUAUUGGUGAUUGAUCUGUGACUUGCACUGCACAUGUUCCAUAAUUCGAUUUUGCUAUUUUACAAAAUUAUGCCCCUUUUUCGACGUAGCAUUUUAUGGUUAAGUUUUUGUAUGUAAGUUGGUAUCUCAGUACCCACUGAUGGAAAUGGACUGAAACUUUAUACUCUUGUUCAAUGUGAUAACCUGACAUGCAUAAUGAUAUAAUUAUUAUGGAUAUUUGAUUUGUUAUGUUGUUUUGCUGUGUCGUAACUUAUCUGUAGCUAAUGACUGUGUCUAUGUUUUCACUAAAAAUCAUGCCUAAUAUAUCAGUAUGCUUUUGUUACUAGUUGUGAAUUCGUUACUUUAAGAACGCAUCUAUGAAUUUCUCCACAAAUAAUUGAGACUUAAAUGCUACUUUGUGCGUUUAUACGGGUAUAAACCACAUUGAGACUUCUUACAAAUCUCGCUAGCUGUUCUUGGAUGAUUUGCAGGAAGUCCCAAAGUGGUUUAUACCCGUAUAAAUGCACAAAAAGUAGCAUUCAAUUCUUACCUUUACAUUUUAGUAAAAAAAAACAUUUACGAUUGUUUAUUACAAAUAUUAGUGGUUUGCUUUCCUUGAAUAUCAGAAAAUCAAAAUAAAGGUUAGGAUACUAUCUUUCCACAUCUAUUUAGAACACCUAAAUAUACCCACCCACGUUCAGUUGUAGCUCGCUUUCCCAUAAUAAUACAGUCCUUGGUUUCUAUAUGAAAUAUCGUUAAAUCCAGUGAAAAAUCAUACAGUCAUAUCGAUUUGCAAUUGUACUUUUUUCUUUCAGAAUAAGCUCUUUAGUAGCCUAUAUGCAGGUUAUAUGUCUGUUCUUGAGGUACUAAUAUUUAUUCCCAAAGAAAUUAAAACAAUGGACGUUGCGAGUACAUUUUGUCAAAAAUGUAAAGGGAGUAUAGCAUUCAACUUAUAACUGAACACUUUCAAAUCUUACUUUCAAAUUAUGUGCCUUGUACUGUUUUUAGCUUUACAUUAUCUUAUAGGUUCAUGUACUUUGCUUCGAAAAAAUCGUAGUUUUACCCGCGAAAGUAGGAGCAAAUCAGUGUUUUGGCUUUUGAACGUUAACUUCUCAAGUAAUAGUAUAAUUAGGAGCUGGAAUGUACGGUUCAGUUUUCUCAAUCAUAAUUUUGCUUAAUAUCUUAUUUGUUUGUUUGUUUUGGGUUUCAACAGUAUUUCAGUUAUGUAACUCACGACCCAACGAUCCGUAGAUCCCUAUUGAGCUAAGCGGACGGGCUUAAUAUCUUACAUUUCGUCAACGAACCGCCUGCAGUCAUACAUUUAACAAAAUUCCCCAAAGAAAUUGACUCAAUAGUCUCUGUACGCAAAAUCGCACUAUAUUAACUCUUCAAUGACCAAAUGAAAGAAACUGGACUAAUAAACUAUCAAUACAAAUUUCCCCCCGUAGUUUAAGCGUUGCAUAAUGAUUUGUUAUUGUAACGGAUCUCAGAUCGAACACUUUUUUGUUAUCUAUAUCAUUUAACAAAUACAUAUGUUUGUAAAUCGUUCAAAUAUGGGUUGAACACCUGUAGUUAAACGUUUUAUAUUUAGCCAAAAUCUUGUAAAGGUUACAUUGCAUACUUCUUAAGAAUUAUCGUGAUUGAAGAAAACAUUAUGAUGUUGAUCAGUUAUUUCUUUAUUUCUUACGUGAAUAUAUAGUUACGAAAUUGUUUUUAAAAACAUGAUAAAAAGCACUAAAUUUAUCUUCUAAGUCUUUCAAAUAACCAUAUUUGUACGAAAGUGUAUUUUAUUGAAGUUUUGUUUAGUUGUUGCUUUUUUAAAUUAAAGUAUUUCUCACAAAACGAUGAUUUUUGCCUAGGGUAUGUACUUAAAUACUACAGCAAUUAUAUGAUUAUUAUAUAAAAAUUGUUAGCCAUUGACUAAAGUAUCUUGCUUUUACUGCUUUUACAAUAUUUUAGUUAUUUAAAGUUUUAAUCCUAAUUACAUCUAGUGCUCUUUUCCGUUCAUACUGUACUCGUUUAAGCAUUAUUAUGUCCUAUAAGAACAUUGCUACAGUCUAAAUUUUCGUACUUAAAGGGACUGGCCUCUGCAUCGUUCCUCGGCGAAUUAUGACCAUUUUGUGUCGGUUCGCCGUAAACUUUGAACCCAACUCACUCACUCACUCUACAUCGUUCGACAACAACAAAGAAAAAAAAUUUUUAGAUACCGGUAUCUGAAAAUAAAUGCUAUAUUUCUUAAGAAAGUUUUAAAACUUAAUUACUGACAAACUAUAUGUUAAGGAAACACAUGAAAAUUUGCUGCUUUUACUACUAUUUGCAAGCGUUUGUUACCAGGUAAACUGUCUCGAUUAUAAAUAUCUAUAUUUAGAAGUCAUAAUUCACUAAUUCCGCUAUAAAGCUAUUGCAGUUAUAGGACAAGGGGUAGCUGGAGAAUCAAUUUUGAUUUUGGAACUUUCAGGCUUAAUGUCCUCUCAGCUUGAUGCCCCAUUAAGAAUCACAUAAUGUGCAUUAAUGGCACUGACCAUCUGGUAAGCUUUGAAUCUGUUCUUACUGUGGUUAAACAUGUUUUAACUUUUAGUUAAUGUUGAAUUUUGACUCUCACAACAAGAAUGAAUGUUCUAUCUCAAUAGUUGUUGUAUUUUAAGAUGUGUUUAUUAAAAUUGUUUAACACGAUGAAAUUAUGGAAUAAACAAUGUCAUCAUUUUAUAUAAUUGUAACUCACGAUAAAACAUGAAGUUACACUGUUUUUACACAAUAAUGGUGUUUUCAACAAUUUGAAGGAGUUGUUGAAUAUGACAUAACAAAAUUUACUAGUGAAAGUUUGCCACAUUCCCUGAAACAGAAAAACUACAGUCAUCAGCGGCAACAAAAUGGAAAUGUAGGUAAUUUAUUACAUAUAUUAUACAAUAAAAUGUAUAUAUUAA